UGCUGCGAGCAAAGAACCAUGUAUCUUAUAUUACCACUUUAUUUCUACAGACAAUUGUACUAGUUCAAAUUUCAACAAUUUACGAGUAGAGUUUGGUUUGGGACACUGAUUGUAGUGUAUUUCUACUGACAAUGUCGACAGUUGGCUUUUCUUUUAUUGUCAUUAAAACAUAUUGAAUAUAUACACAUUUUUAUGUAAUUUUUUUGUAGAUCGCAUCGAAACAACGCGUUUUUAUCGGCAAUUAAUUUGUUUUGUGUGUUUUAUUGUUAAAAAGGUGAUUAUUUAUUAAAUAUAUAAACAAAAUGAGUAAAAGAAAUUAUAAAAGAUUAAUUAAAAAACAAAAAAUAUUGUAUAAAAACAGAAGUUUGCAAUGUGAACAAGAAAAUAGUGAAAGUGAAUUUGUGUCAAACGGUGGAGAUUUUAUAAAUGAUUUCGUGGAAAAUGGAAUGGAAGAUUUUGCAGUUCCGAAAUUAAUGUUGCGGGACAAACUUAAAAAGUGGUGCAUGGAAACGAAUCCUUCAAAGAAAUGUUUGGAAAGUCUUUUAUCAAUAUUAAAGGAAGAAGGUCUAGAUGUUCCGCUCACUAGAGAGACUUUGGUGGGCAGAGCAAAAAAUAUGUUAACGAGAAAUGUUGCCCCUGGAAUUUAUUGUCAUAUUGGCAUAGAAACACAACUACGAAAAGUUGGUCACAUUUUGGAAAAGUAUGAGGAAGUCGAACUAGAUAUAAAUAUCGAUGGAAUUCCACUGUUCAAAAGCUCUCGUGUGCAAUUGUGGCCAAUCCUUUGCAGAAUCGUUAAUAUUCAGGAGAAAACAAAACCGUUUGUUGUUGGAUUAUACUUGGGAAACACCAAGCCGGGUAGUGUGAAUGUGUAUUUGAAAGACUUCAUUGAUGAAGUGAUUCUACUAAAAGGUCAGUUUAUCAUACAACAAAAACAUUUAAAAUUGAAGUUUCGUUGCUUAAUAUGUGACGCACCAGCAAAAGCUUUCGUUUGUGGAGUUCCUGGACAUACAUCAACACAUGGCUGCACCAAGUGUACUCAAAUUGCGAAGAAGGUAAACAAUGUCUUGACUUAUAGUAGCGAGAGUGGUUCCCUAAUCUCCGAUGAGGACUUUGCUGUGCGAAAGUAUCCAUGCCACCAUUCCCAAAUGUUCAAAGAAGAAAAAACUCCUCUCGAAGAAAUUGGAUUUGGUAUGAUAAAUCAGACUCCUUUAGAUAGCAUGCAUCUCAUUGACCUCGGAGUCACCAAAAAAAUGCUAACCAGAAUAAUGCAUAAUAAAACUGAAAAGAAAACCUCAAAACAAAAUAUUUCAAAAAUAUCUUCUGAAUUGGUGAAAUUUAAAAAAUACAUUCCAAGGGAAUUCCCAAGAAAACCCAGGCCUUUAGAUGAUCUUUGUCAUUGGAAAGCGACUGAAUUUCACCAGUUCCUUGCUUAUACAGGAAUUAUUGCUCUUUAUAAUAAUGUACACGAAGAUAUUUAUUAUGAAUUUUUAACUUUACAUUGUGCUUAUCGACUUCUUAACAAUGCACGACAUAUGGAUCAAAAUAUUGUUCAAGCUAAUAAUUUGCUUCAAUUAUUUGUCGAGAACUUCUCAACUGUAUUUGGUUCGAACAGCAUUUCUUUUAACGUUCAUAAUCUGCUUCAUUUGGCUUCUUGCGCAGAAAAGUAUGGUCCCCUUAUUUCGUUUUCUGCAUAUGCAUUUGAAAAUAAACUGCAAACACUGAAAAAACAUGUUCGAAAACCAUCACAUAUCUUUCAACAAAUUAUUCAAAAGGAAAAAAAUUGCAUGAUUGUCAACACUAUUCAGGAUGGGUUAAAAUAUGAAAAAGGUGUUAUCGUUGGAGCUUUUGUAAAUGAUUGCUACAUAUCCUGCAAAGAACCAAAUAAUAUUUGCGCGGUGAAUUCAUGCAUUCCAAUAAAAAUUGAUAAUAUAAAGAAAAAGGGCGAAAUAUAUAUUGAAGGCAGUCGAAUUUUGGCAUUAGAAAGUUUCUACGAAGAACCGGUGAAUUCUUGUGAGAUUGGUAUUUUCAAAACGAAUCUGACUCUAGGGGAAAAAGAGACAUUUUGUAUUAAAGACAUUCAGUUCAAAUUUGUAUGCUUGCCAAUUGAUUCUGAUUUUGUAAUCGUGCCCAUUUUACAUUCCUGCUUUCCAGAGAAAUAUCAAGCACAAAUUUUUACCUCCUAAGUACACAACUCCCGCACAUAAACAUGUCGAACGAAAAUGCCAACCCUUCCAAAGGAAAAAUGAAAUAUUUUGCUCCACAAGCUAAUGCAAAAUGUUCUUCCUGCCAAGAAAAUGCCAGAAAACUAGACACGAUUAUUGA